UUUUAUCAUUAUGUACGCACAUGCGCACUGAGCGGGAUAAUUUCCACUGACGUGAGGAGACUAGGGUGGAGAAGAUAACUAACGGGGAAUAGAUGACAAUUAGUUGCCGAGUGCAGGCUUAGGACAGUUUACUCUCUGCUAUGGAACCGAGUAGAAUAUAGCAUAUUAAUAGAUUUCUGUUUCAUCAAUUUCUAAGUGGGAUGCCACAGGACUUAUUUAUUCACCUUUAUUUGAGCUUAGCAUAGGUAUAAGAAUGUCCAUCUUCAGUAGCAAGAAACGUAAGAGGUUUAAAUUAGCACUCCUUCUGAUUCAAGUCUAUGCUCAAGAUAUUUUGGAUGAUAUAUAGAAACGCAAACAACUGUGAGAAACUGUUGCUCAGAAGAAAAUAAAGUAAAUUUGUUAAAGCUUUUAAAUUAAAGUGCAGCAUUGAAAAUCAACCAAAGAAGAUGCUACUGGGAUCUGUUCAAUUGUCGGGUAAAUCGCUAUCUGCGUCUGAGGUUAGGGAAAUAUGCGACUCUCUACGCUCUCAUUCUGUUCGUAUUCUGUCUCUUCGUGGAUGCCAGGUAGGGGAGAAGGACUUUAAGAAGAUGAUGCAGGCCCUGGCGGAGUGCAAAACAGUAGCGCAACUAAACCUAAACCUGGGUGUCGUAUGCGACCUAGAACGAGUCAAGAUGCUCGCACUUGCACUCAAUAAAAACAGAUCGCUUACGUCACUGCACCUCCAUGGUACUCCAUUAGGGGAUAAAGGUCUCACGAUGCUUAUAGAUUCUCUCUGCCUUCAUCCAGGAAUUCGCACACUCGAUCUGGGUGACUGUAACCUAGGAGACGAAGGAAUACGUCUCAUCUGUAGAAUGUUGCCGGGAAACGGCGCCAGGCCAGGUCUGAGGGAGUUGGUAUUAAGCGCAAACAACGCAGUUACUAACGUUGGAUGGGCACAUCUAGCCACUGCCAUCGCAGUACGGUCAUCUCUACGACACCUCGGCCUGGAUUAUAACACUCUUGGUGACUAUGGUGCUGGUGUGUUUGCAGUAGCAGCGGCAGUGUGUAAAUCCCUCCAAGUAAUUGAUCUUGAAGGUACUGGGAUAUCUGAGGAGGGUGGCUUGGUAUGGCAAAAUCUUUUAGAAUGCUUCCAGACAGAUUUGACAUCCGUAUUAUUGAAUGGAAACAACAUCAGUACAGACACACUAAACACCAUCAAAGGUUCAGUUACUGUCCAUGAAAUCCCUGCCACAAGCUCUGAAAAUAAAGACAGCGAUAGUGACACUCAUUGUACAUUUUCACGUGGAACUUUUAGACGGCGGAGAAUGUCAGGGGGAGACGUAGCGAGGAUCAAUUACCCAAGAAGUAGCUUAGCAACAUCUUCUGUUAAUACCGGUGCAUCUAGAGCCAAAGGAAAAGAGCGUUCGCGCUCAGCGUCACGACGGAACUCAUUUCCAACGAUAAGAAAGAAAGUUGCACCGGGGGCUAGCGGAUACUCCUCUGAUCUUAGUGGUUCUGAAACAGAUGGUAGAAAAUUAGAAAAUACAAGCAAAGAAGCAAAAUGCCUUGGAAAUGGGUCUGAUAAUGGUGUACAAGGAAUUAACGUAGGGGGAAGAAAUAGUCCACGGCAACUAAUAUCGCCAAAACAUACGAGACGAGAAAGUUUAGGAAGUAGUCACGAUGAGUGUAGCUGCAAUGACGAUGCAGACGACGAAAAGGAUAACUUAGAAAAUAGCUCUAGUUCUCGCGAGAAAUUACGAGACGUAAAUUCACGAAAGCUGCAACUUCAAAGGACUUUUACCGGUCAAAGGAUUGCUAAAACAGGAGAGGAACGGGAUCAGUUUGAUAGUGACAGACUUUAUUCCCCAAGGAAAAUAAAAGCCGGACGACGAAGAAGUUCUCCAAGACCAUCUCUUCCAACUCUAUAUCAGACACUUUAAAAUCAUAAUAAACUGUAACAUAUUGCAUGCAUCCCAUUCAAAACUUGGGUGUUGCAGUUUUAGAUCUAUUAAGUGGGGUACAAAAGACCCUAAAAGCUCUGUUCACACUCUCAAAUUUGAUGUGACAUAUUUGUGUGACGUGCCCAUAUAUGUGCAUGAUGAUGUCAUUUUAUUACUCCUUUUUAUGGGCAAUUCAAUAUUUGUCACAUAAAAUUUUAUAGCAUAGACAAACCUUUAAGCUCUGUCGACACUAUAAAAUUGGAUGACAUAUUUGUGUGGUGUGCCCUUAUAUGUGCGUGAUGUGCCCUUAUAUGUGCGUGAUGAUAUAAUUUUAUUACACCCAUAUAUGGGCAAUUUGUCACCUAAAAUUUUACAGCAUAGACAUACUUUUAGGUUCUGUCCACACAUCCAAUUUGAUGUGACAAACUUGUGUGAUGUGCACAUAUAUGGCCAUAUCACAUUUAUUUGUCACAUAAGAUUUUAUAGUGUGGACAGACCAUACUAUCAAAUUUUAUGUAACAAAUUGCCCAUAUAUGGGUGUAAUAAAAUAUGACAUUAUCAUGUACAUAUGGGUGUAAUAUGACAUCAUUAUACCCAUAUAUGGGUGUGGUAUGAAAUUACCAUGCCCUUAUAUGGGCAAAUUAUAGAUAUUUGUCACAGAAAAGGUGAUAUUGUGGGCAGAGAUGACCACAUUAUAAUAAGUGUUCACUAUUUCAAUAACCACGUCUUAUUAUCUGUGAUGUCAUUCAACUAUACGCUUUUAGUAACAGCAGCUAAAUACAUCUAUAUAUCUUAAAAGUCUUGAAAACACUGGAAUAAAUGUAUUUUAAUGAGUGCAAAUUAUUAAUACAAAUAAGUACACAUAACCAUGGAUUAAAUGAGCAAAUAAAGAAACUACAAAAACAAAAGA